UAUGUGCAGAAUGGAGCACUUGUUGCAGCUUUUACAUAUGCUUUUACAGUGUCGUUAUUCAAAUAUGUAUCAGUUUUGAAUCGUUUUGCGCAAUUGGAAUUUAAAUAUGGCGAUUUGGAACAGAGCAAAACAAUUUUUGAGGCUCUCAAAUUAUCCACUCAUAAAAUGCGAUUAUUUUUCAAAAAAUGGAUGGAUUUGGAGCAAAAAUUUGGUACUGAAAAACAGCAAACUACGGUCAAAGAACGAGCCAUGGAAUAUUUGGAGGAUAUCGCCGGAACACUCACUGAGGCGUAG